GGCUGGUUUGACAUAUCGCAGCCGGCGAUAAUCAGAUGCUGUUCCGCUGGACGAUGUGCCGGUCGCUGGCCUUUCUGCUCGUCAUACACUGUGCAGCGGCUGGAGCGCUGUACAGUGCCUGUCCCAACGAAGCCUUCAUCUACCCCUGUAAAUGCGCUUACACUGCCAUCGGGUUCCGAGUCAUCUGCGCCGGCGUCAGCAGCAGUGCCGCGCUGCGCACCCCUUUCCUCUACCUGGCCUCGUACAAGCUGCACACGCUGGCGUUGAAGAACGCCAAUCUCACGGUGUGCGCCGACUUCUUCGCCGGCCUCGACGUGGGAUCCAUCAAGUUGGAAGACUCCGACUUCCGCGUUACCACCGGUACGGGUGUCGGCAGGAAGCUUCUCAGCUUCGGUCGCUCCACGUUCGAGAGCCUCGAAGAUAAGCUGGAGGUGCUGUACGUCAGGCGUUCCCAACUGGACCUGGGAAACACGAACCUCGGACCCAUGAAGAGGCUCGUCAACUUCAGCAUCAACCGCAGCCGCAUCCGCGUCCUGCGUAAGACGUGGUUCGACGGGCUCAGUCAGUUGCGUUCCUUCGCCAUGGACAGUUCCGAGGUGGAGAGCGUGGAAGACGAGGCCCUGUCUGGCCUCGCCAACGUCAACAUGCUCGUCUGGAAGACCAGUGGACUGACUCACCUGAGAAGGAAUUAUUUUCCCCCCAUUGCGUACGAGCUCACGUACCUAGACCUCAGCGAUAACAAGCUGAGCAGUCUUCCCGACGACAUCUUCACCAGCAUGCCAGUGUUAGAGACGGUGCUCCUGAGCAGGAACGCGUUCCACGUCCUUCUCAGGCAACCUUGGGUCCCCGUUCUUCAACACAUCAAGUCCGUCCACCUCGAUGGCAACCCUCUGGUAUGCAACACCACUUGCCAAUGGCUCGUCGAAGACCUGGCGGACAAGGUGUCCGGCACUUGCGCCGCACCCCCGGCACUGGCAGGGAGGGCAAUAAAUUCCAUACACAGCAUGCAGUGAAGGCAGUGCAUGGCUCUUCCAAGAUGGCGACGUUCCUUUCGUCGUGUGGCUCCACGAACUGCAUCCGCACAGACAACGCGGCCUCGUCAGUUAUGUGCCGCCGACAACAGACAGAAUCUCGACGGCUGCCACUCUGUACAAAAGACUCAGAAGCGCAAAUACCACGUAGGGACAAACGGAAUUGAGUGCACUACCCCCGACUGCUGCAUUGAAGUGCGGUGUAAAAGUGCAUCAACUCGUGGAACGUGAAGGCCUCGUUCGAAGGUAGUGAUGUGGAAGGCCUGCCGAUAUGGCGGCGUGUCGCAUUGACAGCACAGUUCCGACACGAUGACAGGCCAGUGCCCUGACAUGUCAUCAUAUCGCAAGCAGGCAAAACAGCUCCGCAAUAAAAACAUUCCCAAGUUA